UGUAGUUAGCUGCGUGCGCCUCCCACUUCUCCGCUCCACGUCUUUUCUUUCUUCAUUCACCGGCUGGUCUGUCCGUCGUUUUAUCCAGCCGACCCGCUUGGCAGCCUAAAGCAGCCAUGGCAUACACUCUUCAAGGCGGUACAAAGAAGAAGGUUUGCUACUAUUAUGACGGUGACAUUGGUAACUAUUACUAUGGACAAGGACACCCUAUGAAACCUCACAGAAUCCGCAUGACUCAUAACCUGCUAUUAAACUAUGGACUUUACAGGAAAAUGGAAAUAUAUCGGCCACAUAAAGCCACAGCAGAGGAAAUGACAAAGUACCACAGUGAUGAUUACAUCAAGUUCCUACGGUCCAUACGCCCAGACAACAUGUCAGAGUUCAGCAAGCAAAUGCAAAGAUUUAACGUUGGUGAAGACUGUCCAGUGUUUGAUGGCUUAUUUGAGUUCUGUCAGUUGUCAACUGGAGGCUCGGCUGCUGGAUCAGUGAAGCUCAACAGGCAGCAGACUGAUAUCGCUGUGAACUGGGCUGGCGGGCUCCACCACGCCAAGAAGUCCGAGGCCUCCGGGUUCUGCUAUGUCAACGACAUCGUCCUCGCUAUCCUCGAGCUGCUCAAGUACCACCAGAGGGUGCUCUACAUCGAUAUUGACAUUCACCAUGGCGACGGCGUGGAGGAGGCGUUCUACACGACUGACCGUGUCAUGACCGUUUCCUUCCACAAGUACGGAGAGUACUUCCCUGGGACUGGAGACCUCAGAGAUAUCGGCGCCGGCAAAGGCAAGUACUACGCCGUCAACUUCCCCCUGAGGGACGGGAUUGAUGACGAGUCCUACGAGCAGAUAUUCAAGCCGGUGAUGUCCAAGGUGAUGGAGAUGUACCAGCCCAGCGCGGUGGUUCUGCAGUGUGGGGCCGACUCGCUGUCCGGAGACCGGCUAGGCUGCUUCAACCUCACCAUCCGAGGCCACGCCAAGUGCGUGGAGUACAUGAAGUCCUUCAACCUGCCGCUGCUGAUGCUGGGGGGAGGGGGCUACACCAUCCGAAACGUGGCCCGCUGCUGGACCUACGAGACGGCCGUGGCGCUGGACACCGACAUCCCCGACGAGCUGCCCUACAACGAUUACUUUGAGUACUUCGGGCCCGACUUCAAGCUGCACAUCAGUCCGUCCAACAUGACCAACCAGAACACGCAGGAGUACAUGGAUAAGAUCAAGCAGCGCCUGUUUGAGAACCUGCGCAUGCUCCCCCACGCCCCCGGGGUUCAGAUGCAGGCCAUUCCCGAGGACAGCAUUCCGGACGACACCAUGGAUGAGGACGUGGAGGACCCGGACAAGCGCAUGUCCAUCCGGGCCUCUGACAAGAGGAUAGCCUGCGAUGAAGAGUUCUCCGACUCGGAGGACGAGGGAGAGGGCGGAAGAAGGAACGUGGCCAAUCACAAGAAGAGCACGAAGAGGGCCAGAGUGGAGGAAGAGAAGAAGGAGACGGAGGAGAAGAAAACCGAGGUGAAAGAGGAAGAAAAAUCGAAGGAAAGCAGCUCAGAAAAGAUGGACACGAAAAGUGUGAAGGCAGAGCAGACGGGCAGUGCCUGAUGUUACCACAAGGGGGAGCACUUCUGGAUGUGGCAGGCCAGAGAGAGAGAGAGAGCGGCUUCUCAAGAAAUUGGACUUCCACACCUUAAGACAUAUUUAUUUUGAGUCUGUGAUGUAGAUGUGAUGUUUUUGUGGUGUAAGUUUAUUACACAAUUAGUUUUCCUCCCAGGUGUUUUGUAAUAGUGUCAGUUUUUUUGUCCCCAGAAAGUGUUUGCUGUUUCCUUUGGAUACCCUGUACGAAAACAUUUGUACUGCAAGGGAUUUUUGUUUUUUUACAUUUUAUAUCCAUUUAUAAUUAAAUGUUUAUUUUAGAAAAAAAUUAUGUAUGUUCCUUAGGACUAUGACAACCUACAAUGACUUCAUAUGUUUAAAAUGUGGUAUUUUGCAUUUACGUAUUAAAAUUGUUUUUAUACAAA